AGGCUAGAGGCGGGACCAGCCGCCGCCGUCUCCGUCUCGCCACCACGGCCCCCACACACCCCGCAGCCACCGCGGGAGGAGCGGAAGCCGCCGGCCUCACCCGUUCAGAGCCGCGCCUGCCCGAACUCUGAGGAGUGGCGGCCGUCUCCGGCCCGACCGCGCCCGAAGGUGCCGAGCACCCUAGCCCCAGCCCGAGCGCUCCCACCUGAAACGGCGCCAUGGCGGAGCAGGAGAGCCUUGAGUUCGGCAAGGCGGACUUCGUGCUGAUGGACACCGUCUCCAUGCCCGAGUUCAUGGCCAACCUUAGGCUCAGAUUUGAGAAAGGACGAAUCUACACAUUCAUUGGAGAAGUGGUUGUUUCUGUGAACCCAUACAAGGUGCUGAACAUCUAUGGGAGGGACACAGUGGAACAGUAUAAAGGCCGUGAGCUAUAUGAGAGACCUCCUCAUCUCUUUGCUAUUGCUGACGCUGCUUACAAGGCUAUGAAGAGGCGAUCAAAAGACACCUGUAUUAUGAUAUCAGGGGAAAGUGGAGCUGGUAAAACAGAGGCCAGUAAGUACAUCAUGCAGUAUAUUGCCGCCAUCACCAACCCCAGCCAGAGAGCAGAGAUAGAAAGAGUGAAGAAUAUGUUGCUGAAGUCAAACUGUGUUUUGGAAGCUUUUGGAAAUGCCAAAACCAAUCGUAAUGACAAUUCCAGCAGGUUUGGGAAAUACAUGGAUAUCAACUUUGACUUCAAGGGAGACCCCAUUGGGGGACAUAUUAAUAACUACUUGCUGGAAAAGUCUCGUGUGAUUGUGCAACAGCCUGGAGAACGAAGCUUCCAUUCUUUCUAUCAGCUGCUCCAGGGAGGUUCUGAGCAGAUGUUGCACUCUCUACACCUGCAGAAAUCACUCUCGUCCUACAACUACAUCCGUGUGGGGGCCCAACUGAAGUCUUCCAUCAAUGAUGCCGCAGAGUUCAAAGUCGUAGCUGAUGCUAUGAAAGUGAUUGGAUUCAAACCUGAGGAGAUCCAAACCGUGUAUAAAAUUUUGGCUGCUAUUCUUCACUUGGGAAAUUUAAAAUUUAUAGUAGAUGGUGACACCCCUCUUAUUGAGAAUGGCAAAGUUGUGUCUGUCAUAGCAGAACUGCUCUCCACUAAGGCAGACAUGGUGGAGAAAGCCCUGCUUUACCGGACGGUGGCCACAGGCCGCGACAUCAUCGACAAACAGCACACGGAACAGGAGGCUAGCUACGGCAGGGACGCCUUUGCUAAGGCAAUAUAUGAGCGCCUCUUUUGUUGGAUCGUUACUCGCAUCAAUGACAUCAUCGAGGUCAAGAACUACGACACCACAAUACAUGGGAAAAACACAGUUAUUGGUGUCUUGGAUAUCUAUGGCUUUGAAAUCUUUGACAACAACAGCUUUGAGCAGUUCUGCAUUAACUACUGCAAUGAGAAACUGCAGCAGCUCUUCAUUCAGCUGGUGCUGAAGCAGGAGCAAGAGGAGUACCAGCGGGAAGGCAUCCCGUGGAAACACAUUGAUUACUUCAACAACCAGAUCAUUGUGGACCUCGUGGAGCAGCAGCACAGAGGCAUCAUUGCAAUCCUGGACGACGCUUGUAUGAAUGUUGGCAAAGUCACUGACGGGAUGUUCCUUGAGGCCCUUAACAGUAAACUGGGCAAACAUGGUCAUUUUUCCAGCCGAAAGACCUGUGCCUCAGACAAAACCCUGGAGUUUGAUCGGGACUUUCGAAUCCGGCAUUAUGCAGGUGACGUGGUCUAUUCUGCCAUCGGUUUUAUUGACAAAAAUAAAGAUACAUUAUUUCAAGAUUUCAAGCGCCUCAUGUAUAACAGCUCGAAUCCUGUGCUGAAGAACAUGUGGCCUGAAGGCAAGCUGAGCAUCACAGAGGUGACCAAGAGGCCUCUGACCGCUGCCACGUUGUUUAAGAAUUCUAUGAUUGCUUUAGUAGACAACCUUGCUUCAAAGGAACCAUACUAUGUACGUUGCAUCAAACCCAACGACAAGAAGUCCCCACAGAUAUUUGACGAUGAGCGCUGCCGCCAUCAGGUAGAAUACCUUGGACUGCUGGAGAAUGUGAGAGUGCGCCGGGCAGGGUUUGCCUUCCGCCAGACCUAUGAGAAGUUUCUUCACAGGUACAAGAUGAUCUCUGAGUUCACCUGGCCUAACCACGACCUUCCUUCAGACAAGGAGGCUGUCAAGAAACUCAUAGAGCGAUGUGGCUUUCAGGAUGACGUAGCUUAUGGGAAGACCAAAAUUUUCAUUCGAACACCCCGUACACUGUUCACCUUGGAAGAACUUCGUGCCCAGAUGCUUGUCAGGGUCGUCCUCUUUCUACAAAAGGUGUGGCGUGGCACCCUGGCCCGCAUGCGGUACAAGAGGACCAAGGCAGCUCUGACAAUAAUCAGGUACUACCGGCGCUAUAAAGUGAAGUCAUACAUCCACGAGGUAGCCAGACGAUUCCAUGGUGUCAAGAGCAUGAGAGACUACGGGAAGCAUGUGAAGUGGCCAACCCCACCAAAAGUCCUGCGGCGUUUCGAGGAGGCCCUGCAGUCGAUUUUUAAUAGAUGGAGAGCAUCUCAACUCAUCAAGACCAUACCUGCAUCAGACCUUCCCCAGGUCAGGGCAAAGGUUGCAGCCAUGGAGAUGUUGAAAGGUCAAAGGGCAGACCUUGGACUCCAGAGGGCCUGGGAAGGCAACUAUCUUGCUUCGAAGCCAGAUACACCUCAGACCUCAGGCACUUUCGUCCCAGUUGCUAAUGAGCUAAAACGCAAGGACAAGUAUAUGAACGUCCUCUUUUCCUGUCAUGUCCGAAAGGUGAAUCGAUUUAGUAAGGUAGAAGACCGAGCAAUUUUUGUCACUGACCGUCACCUGUAUAAAAUGGACCCCACUAAGCAGUACAAGGUGAUGAAGACUAUCCCACUGUACAAUUUAACUGGUCUGAGUGUCUCCAAUGGAAAGGACCAGCUUGUCGUGUUCCAUACAAAAGACAACAAAGACCUCAUUGUCUGCCUCUUCAGCAAGCAGCCAACCCCUGAGAAUCGUAUUGGAGAACUUGUUGGAGUCCUGGUGAAUCAUUUCAAGAGUGAGAAGCGCCACCUUCAAGUGAAUGUCACCAACCCGGUGCAGUGCAGCCUGCAUGGGAAGAAAUGCACCGUGUCUGUGGAGACCCGGCUCAAUCAGCCACAGCCUGACUUCACCAAGAACCGCUCCGGCUUCAUCCUCAGUGUGCCCGGGAACUGACUGCUGCACAUCAGAGGCCUCGCCCAGGGGAGCAAGAGCCUGAGCCUGGCACAAGGCAGGACAGGCCCUCGACCUCGGCAUCCCCACACCCGUUCCACCUCGCUCAGCAUCCCGGGAGCUCGGCUAAUCGCUGCUUGCCCUCUAAUGCCACUAGAAAUCAGCUUGCAAGAGCCACCGCUAGGCAGGCCUCCGCCUUCUCUGUGGCCCUGCCCAUAAGCUGUCCUGCCUGGCUUUCUGCCUCUGCCCUUUCAACUUUCCAUACCCCCGCUCAGGAAGCCAAAGACCCUCGUCAGCCCCUGGGCUGACAGCUAGACCACUUCCCACCUCACAAGCAACCGGAUGGUACCUGUAGUUGGCAAAAGGCCAGUGGCCACUGCUGACCCCAGCAAAGGCGCGGAGCCCAGGAUGCAGUUCCUGGAGCCAGAGCCACAUUCUCCUAGAGGUUUGGAUGCAGCAGCCAUGGUCAGGACUUAGUGCUGUCUGUGAUCCCUACCUGAUGUCUCCUUCCCGACAUGACUGCAGCCCUUGGGACCUAGCUCAGAGCCCCUCAGCGCCAUCCCCACCCCCAGCAGCCAAAACCCCCCGGGUGAGCAGGUUCAUCUGCAGUUUCUCCCUCAGCCAUGCUCAGCCAGGGUCCCUCCUUCGCAGAGCCUGUCCCUGCGAGAUCUUUUGCCACCAGGGUUCUAGCCCUGGACUGUCUAACCACUUCUCUCCUAGAGACACCCUGCUGCUACUCCAAGGACCAGCUUGCUUAAAUCACAGCCCACGCCCAUGGUCACCAUAACCUUCUUUCUUGCAGACUGCCGGGUUGCUAACCUGGGCCCUCUCUGCAGUGAGCACACUAUCAGGACCUGGUGAGGAGGUGCGAGGAGAAGGCCGCGCUUGCCUGUUCCCCUAACCCUCUAGCUGCACCCCCUCCUCACUGGAGACCUGGGACUCUCAGAGAGCCAAAGCACGCAGGACCCAGCGGUGGGAAGUGGAACAAAUCUGCAGCAAAGAGCGUGGAGUCCUGGCACUGCAGGCCAGGCCAGGUGCCCACCUAUGCCACAUACCUGCCUGCUGGAGCCUGUCUGCCAGUGUCUGCCUAGUAGGGAGCAUGCCUGCUUCAAAGCCUCCCUGCUCCCAGCCUCAGCUGUGAGGAUAAGGAGGCCUAUGGGCGGCACAGGCUUGCUGUGGGGAAGCCUAACACGGAAGGCCUGCCUGUAAGAGGCGGGCGGCCAGGCAGCAGGAGCCAGCAAGCGCAGCGCUUUCAGAGCCAGGCUCAUUCUCUUCCCUUUUGGCCUCUCUGCUCCCUAAUCCUCACCCCACCACCUUAACCCACCAAGUGCCUGUGCGCUCCCUCCUGUGCCUUCCCCAGGGCUGGUCUCCUAGCCCUUUUGCAGAGCUGUGGGGAUGUUUACACGCAGGCAGUUUGCAACAGAACUCAGUUGCCAUGCUGCCCUCGGGGACCGCUCUCAUCCUCCAAGCCUGGGCAGCCGCCCUGCAGUGGAGGGGCCGGCCGGCCGCCAGCCAGGUUUUGCUGGUGGACCUGAGAACCAUGUGACUGGAACAUCACCUUCCCACCCCACUUACUGCCCCAGCGUGUUGCUUUACACUAGACAUGCUCAAGUGUGUUCACACACACCAAAGCAGGUCAUGCCAAAAGAAUUGCAGGUCAGAGGGCUGAGGCUCUCCGCCCACCCCUGAUGUAGCCUGGGACCUCUGACCCAGGCUGGGACCCACUGAGGACUGCCCUGUCCACAAGCUCUUUCUUAUGACCUAAAAGUCAGUGUGUGGCCACCGACCGAAGGACCUGGAAUUAGGGGUGUGAAUGACCACAGGAGAGGACACAGUGAUUGUAUGCAUGGAGUAGGGGUCUCCCGAGUUAAUGAAAUGCAGUUUAUGGUUUGGUGCAUAUAUUCCUGUUUUCCAUUAAAUUAACUUUAUUUCUAAAGCAUAUUUUGAUUUACCAUCAAGAGCAAUAAAGCAUUAAAUCUUA